UGGGCUCGAGCCUGUGCAGGAGACUGGAGCCAGCAGAGAGCGUGGUCUCCAGAGGCCGGGAAGAUUGGCCUAGCCGUUAGGGGUCCUUGCCCCCACGGCAUCCUUGGCGUUCCGCUAUGGUUCUGAGGAAUGAGUUAAGUUGCUUAUGGACUUUAGGUUUCUGUCUGGUAGCCAGUAAAUUGCCUUUCACUGUCCCAUCCAUCGAAGAUGAGAGUUUCAUAGAUGACUGUGUCGCUGCUCACAACGAAAUGCGUGGCCAAGUUCAGCCCCCCGCGGCCAACAUGAAACACAUGACUUGGGAUGAAGGUUUAGCAAAGACAGCAAAAGCAUGGGCAAACAAGUGCACAUAUACCCACAACAGCUGUUUAAAAAAAUCAUAUAAAUGUCAUCCAACUUUUGAAUUUGUUGGAGAAAAUAUCUGGAAAGGUGGAUUACCUAUAUUUACACCAAAACUUGCUAUUGGUGCUUGGUAUAGUGAAAAAAAUCUUUAUAAUUAUAGUAGUCUACAUUGUUCCAAAGUUUGUAGCCAUUAUACACAGAUAGCUUGGGCCAAUUCAUAUAAAGUUGGCUGUGCAAUUACAAAUUGUCCAAACCUUGGGAGAGAUAAAACUUCAAUAUUUGUAUGUGACUAUGGACCUGCAGGAAAUUAUAUAAAUACAUAUCCUUAUAAAAGAGGAGCGCCCUGCUCUAUGUGUGGAGGAGAAAUCUGCGAAAACAAGCUCUGCCCUGUGCUUGACGACAACUUCUGUCUGUCACAAACGAUUUCAUUACUGAGACUUAAGCAAGAAUUGACAAGUCUCUAA